AUGUUCCUCGGCUGGACCCACCACCUCGCCGCCGAUCUCCGCAUCCGCCGCUACGCCUUCUUCCCCUCCGGCGCCUUCGCCGUCUCCUUCAUCAACGCCCUCUGGCGCGAGAUGCCGCGCCGCCGCAACCCCUCAGACGACGCCGAACCUAUCCAACUCCCCGGCAGCCCGAAUUUCCCGAUCUUCCCCUGGUGGCAGCUCUCCCCCGUCUUCCGAAGCUACACCGAAGGCGACCCGAACUCCGAAUUCAUCCGAGAUCUAAUGCUCUGCAACCAGGCCAGCCACGGGCUCAUCUUCAACACAUUCCGCGGGCUCGAAGGCCCGCACUUAGAUUACCUAGCCAAUAAUUUGGGCCACAACCGCAUCUGGCCCGUCGGGCCCGUCCUCCAGCCCGGGCCGGUCGAUCGAGGCGGAUCAAGCUCAAUCUCCCCCGACGAGAUACACACGUGGCUAGACUCAUUCGGCGACAACACCGUAGUCUACAUAUGCUUCGGUAGCCAAGCCGUGCUCACCAACGACCAAAUGCGCGAGCUCACCCGAGGCCUCGAGAAAAGCGGCGUCAAAUUCAUCCUAUCCGUGAAAAGCCCGACCCGCGGCCACGCGAACGGAGGGGAGGACUUGGGUUCAAUCCCGAGCGGGUUCGAGGCCCGCACUGCCGGGCGCGGAAUGCUCAUAAAAGGGUGGGCCCCACAAGUGACGAUACUCCGGCACCGAGCCGUGGGGGUUUUCCUGACUCACUGCGGGUGGAACUCGGCGCUCGAGAGCAUCGCGGCCGGGGUGCCGAUGCUGACGUGGCCAAUGGGGGCCGACCAGUACUUGAACGCGAAGCUGUUGGUGGAGGAGUUGGGAGUGGCGGUUAGGGCGUGGGAAGGGGCCGAGACGGUGCCCGACUCCGAUGACGUGGCGAGGUUUCUGGUGGAGGCCACGGGGGAGGAGUGGGGGGAGAGGAGGGCGCGGGCCGCGGAGUUGGGAGAGAGGGCCCGGGAUGCGGUGAGGGAAGGAGGGGAAUCGUUCGAGAGCUUGGAGAAUCUCGUGCGCGACUUGGCUCGAGGGGUUUUGAAUGGAUCUUGA